CGACACAAGAAUAGUGAGACACAGAGAGAGAGAGAGAAGGAACGUGGAUGGAAGAAGUCAGCGCAGACUAGAAGAUCGCACAAAGACCAAUAAACCCGACACACCCAACCAGCCACAAAACAAGACAAAAGACUGACGGAUGUCGAAGUAAAGGAAAUAAUCCGCCCCAAAUUAUAAAACAAAAAAAAACACAAAAAAAAUAACAAAAGAAGAACGCAGACAGGGGACCAGAUUGCGCCCGUUGCCAGCAUCACAUCUUGCUGUACAAACAUUACAGCAGCUUCCAAGCAGCAGAGGAGGGGUGGGUGGUUGGAUAACCCUGGCAACGCAAUAAAGAAGUGGAAAACCGGAGAGAGAGAAAGAGAGAGAGAGAGAGAGAGGAAAGAAGGAGAGGUGCACCUCGCACAUGUAACGGGAGGACGAGACGCAGCAUCUUUGUAGACUUCCCCCAAUCGGUCCAUUUCGGUCAAUAAAUCAGCAUGCUGGUGAAGGAAUACCGGAUCUGCAUGCCCCUCACCACAGACGAGUACAGAAUCGGACAGCUGUAUACUAUCAGCAAACACAGUCACCAGGAGAGCGAUCGAGGAGAGGGCGUAGAGGUCAUGGAGAACAGAGCGCAUCACGAUCCGGUCUAUGGAUCGGGCCAGUACACAGAGAAACGGGUCCACCUCUCCAGCAAGCUACCUGGAUGGGCCCGGGCAGUGGUUCCCAGGAUCUUUUACAUCUGUGAGAAGGCCUGGAAUUAUUACCCCUACACCGUGACAGAAUACACAUGUUCCUUCCUCCCCAAAUUCUCCAUCCACAUUGAGACGAAAUAUUCUGAUGACUGCGGUGACAAUGACAGUAUAUUUAAUUCAGACUCGGCGGAGGACACCCAUGAGGUGACACACCUAGACAUCGCAUAUGACGAGAUCCCGGAGAGAUAUUACAAGAGUACCGAGGAUCUCAGGCAUUUUGUCUCCGGCAAGACGGGCCGCGGGCCUCUUCAGGAGGGCUGGAGGUGCCAGGCAAAGCCCAUUAUGUGCUCCUACAAAUUAGUUAAUGUCAAGUUCGAGGUGUGGGGCCUUCAGACACGAGUCGAGCAAUUUGUGCACAAGGUUAUUCGGGACCUGCUGAUCGUCGGUCACCGGCAAGCCUUCGCAUGGGUAGAAGAGUGGUAUGGAAUGACAAUGGAAAAGGUUCGAGAGUACGAGAAGGAGACACAGGCGGCCACCAAUGAGAAAAUAGGACCAGUUGCCCCAACUAUUACCAUAACCACGGAAAGCCAGUUCCCCGCUAUCCGUAGCGCCCCAGCCACCCCCAUCACUGGCGAACCUCCAGAAUUUCUCACCCUGCCCAAAGACAGGCAACGCAAGACCUCUGCCCCAGAUACACUUACUCUACCAGAACUCAGAGAACGAGCCAACGGACCUUCCAAUCACCUUUCACCAAACAACACUGACAGUUGAAACCAAUUAAUGGAGUCUUCUCUUCACUCCAAAAGAAUGGGCCACUCGUUCCCGACUCUUGGGAAGCCCCCGAAAAAAAAGAUUCUCACUGACUUUGAUGAAGAAGUCAACCCUACGAUGGAAUAGACAUUGACACAAAGGUGACCUACCUUGACUCAGGCAGAAGGAGAGUUGGCUUCUUCUCCAAUGAGCAGGAAAGGGGGAACUUCCAAAAUACUAAAGUGAAACCUUUGAUCCGUCCGGAAAUGUAUUUGAUGUAGCAGAGUCCAAAAACAAAGUACGAAGAAGAUGUCUAGUGUCAAUUCAGUAAGAACUUGUAAAAUUCAAAGCUAUAGACCACCUAAAAGGGGACUAAAUUGUGUGAUGGCCUAACAGCCCUGUUCCUCGUCAAUCUGCUCUUUGAUGGAAUGCUUGAUUCCUGAUUUAUAUACUGUUAUUUUUUUUUUAAUUUGUAACAAAAAAAAUGCAACACCAGGCAAUUAUUUAAAUACACAGUUAAAACAUCUGUAAGAACCUUUUUUAACUUGUAAUAUAAUGCACAUAUUCUUGCAAUCUCCCAUACCUUGCUGUCCUACAUGGUCACUACAACAGUGACCACCCUUUUCAGAGCCAGCAAAUUGACAAAAAUGGGAACGGCCACUGGAUGCUCUCAUUGGAUGGGGGAACGGAAGGUGGGUGGGAUUUGGAUGCGGUUUGGCUCCAAGGGGAGGAGUUACAGCAGAAUGAAAGUAAAUUGAACUCAGGCAGUGGCCCAUUGAUUAAAGUGGAGUUCCACCCAUAAAUAUAACAUUACAUCAGUAGUUUUAAAAAAAUGUGAUUAGUCCUUUAA